AUGCUUCCAAUGAUGUAUAUCAUGGUGCGUAGAAAUAUGGAGAAAAGCGCAAAGGCUGUGUACAACAGAAGCACAUUCGGCAAUUGCCAAACGUGGUGGGAGACCGGGAGCACUUGCCGGAUUUGGGGUCAUCUGGGGGCGUUUCCAGAACUAGUGGAAACUUGUGAAUGGCGAACCACCGGCCACCAAGAAUUCCUUCAGCCGCUUGUGGGACGCAGUGCAAAGGCGCGCAGCUCCGCGGACCUCCUCAGUUCUGCAAAGGCCUUGAGCCGCAAGACGGCAACGCUACACAUGGCCGACGAGCUCCUGCUCUGCAUAUUUGACAGCCAGAUGGAUAGGGACUGGGAGGAGGCAGAAUUCGAGUGCCAGGAGCCCGUAAUGGCUCUCCGCACCACCUUCGGCGCCGCCCUGAUGGCGCGGCGCCGACUUUCGGAGGCCGUGGAGACUCCACCGCCACCCAAGGUGGCGGAGGACUGGGAAGCGGAAGCCCUCAGGUGGUGGGAGACCGCAGGGCCGGACACCUUAGCUUAG